AUGAUUGAUUAAAUAGUAAGAAAUCAACGAAUAAAACAUAUGGGAAUUUUAUUAAUCAGAGAUGGAUAUUUUGUGUAUACAAAAAAGAAAUCCAGAGCACUGAAUAAAUAUGAAUAGAACUCAAAGAAAAUAGCAAGAACACCUGAAUAGAUACUUGAUUUGAUAGGAGUUGUGAAAAAGAGAAUUUUGAAUGAUAAAAAGUGGGAACUGUACUAAUUAUAAAUUGACCUUAAAAAGUUCAUGUUGUAGAGUAGAUUGAUGCAAAUACAAGAAUUAUAUAUGAGAAAAUCAAAGCACCCAUUCCAUUUAUGAGUGGCAGAGAUUUGAUUAUGGUUCAAAGAGUGUAUAAAUAAAAUGAUGGCAUUAUCACUUUUUGUUGUAAAGUCAUUAUGUGUAAUGCUUAUUCUAGCCAAAUCUAUCAUCCAAGAAAACCCUUCUCAUUCCUAAAAUAGAGAGAACAGAGAUGCAUUUGAGUGGUUGGAUCAUCGUUCCAUAAAAAAACCAAGUACUAUUCACUUAUAUAUUUGCUUAGAUGACCAAAAUCAUAGCAAUCUAAUUUUUGAUCCUAAAGGAGAUGUACCUUAAUCAGUGA